CUGAAAGACUUGUGCUGCGGUCAAAUACCUCUUGUGAGUAAACAAAGCUUCACAUCAGUGGCUCAAGAGCGCUUCGAAAAGCGCAAAUUUCACAGAUGACGUCAUCAUCAGUAAAAGAUCAUGCGAUUGGGAGGGAAUUUCCCAAACGCGCAGCAAUAUAUCAGGGUUGUAUCCGUGAAAUUUUCUCAACAGCGUACUGCUACUAAUUAUAAGACCGCUAAAGUCAACGACAAAAUUUCGCCAACAUCUAUUUGCUGUAACAGUCAUUCAACUUUCUUGAGCCACAGAGGGAAGACCGCUGCAGGUUUUACUCACUGUAAGUACAAGAGUAACUUCCGUGGUGGCUAGACUGUUUCACGAAGAAAGUACUCUAACGAUUUUGAAGCGUGGCGAAGUUGACAAAACUCUACCAGGGGUCAUGAACACAAAGAUAUCGAAGAUUCCGAAGACGGAAACUUUUCGCGGUGACGUUCAGAUAAUAAUUCUAGUAAUUACCGCUUGAAAGGGCAUUGUUUUCGGUCGAAGUUGACAAAUGUAUGUUAUAAGCUGUUCAGAAGCGCAUUCUACGCGAAGACUUUGACAUACAAGAAAUAUACGGAAAAUAACAGCACUCAUGGGAAAAACGCCAGUCGCCGCCAUUGUGGAAGAGACUUGUUUUGGACCUUACCACUUUGGCGCCAGAGGCUGGGUACGGGAUAUUAGGUAUAACCGGACCAGGUGGCCGUCGCCAAUGAAAUUGACAAUGAGCAGCUGGUGAAGAGAAAACAGACUGGAAAAUGAAACAACCCAUUUGGAAGAGGCAGUGGUUGUUGCACAUCUCGAUCCCUCUCUAGUCUCCAAGCGCGCGGCCUUUCUGUUGGAAAGAUAAGGACUCAAACCGUACCGAAGAUUCAGGAAAGAACCGCGCGAUCAAGAAAGAUGGCUUCCCAGCAAUUGCAGAUGGUCUAUAGAUCCUUCUUUCCGUUGGGUGGAAUUACAACUGGAUUAGACUUUGAGAGAAAGGGUUCUCAUGAAGUGUGGUUCACUGAGCGAGGAGAAAUAGUGACCCAAUGUUCACAGCAAAACGACAUACAAAUCUUUAACUUGUUUGCAUUGCGACCACGUGAGUACCGAAUGUUAGGGGCUGAUCAGGAAACUGAAAGAGUAAACAUUGACGUGCAAACAACAAGGAACACCCAAGGAAAUGAUAAUCGCCCAGAGUGCUACUUGCUAUCGUCACAUUUACUUCCAGUUCAAGAGAGUCUGUAGAUCCGUCGUAUACUCGAUACUUGCUAAUUAAUAACAUAUAAAUAGACAAGAACCAGAGGACCUUAUAACGUUAUUUAAGCGCUUUUCUACCGAGUGUUUAAAGUAAUUCAGAUUUGCAAUAGUAAGUUUCAAGACUGGUUCUAUACAAACUCACGCCACUAUCUCUUAACCGUCAGAAUGCUGCGUCAGG